GAGAAGAAGAAAUCGAAAAAAAAUUAAUAAUCAUACUCAAAAGGUUCCAAAUUGUAAGAUUGAACAAGAACACAUACACAUUUUGCAACCGCUAGCGCAAUCGAUUCGUAGAUUGCAUAUAUUUUUUAAAACUUUGUGUGAUGGAUACCUUACCGGUGGACUCCACUGGAAAAGAGGACGUGAAAGAUACCAAGGAUGACAAAGAUAUCAAAGUGGCCACAGAGCCACGCAAGCUGAUGCGCCGUAAGCGUGAUCUGGAUAAACAGGAUCUACACGUCAUAGUUGGCACCUCGGCUGGAAGACCAAAGAUUCCCAAAGCCGAAACUAAGAAGCUGCGCAAAAAGCUGUUGGAGUUCGAACAACAGAAUCAAAAUCUUGCACAGGCAAUCUCCGAUAAGAACCAGGAAAUAUCGGCACUUAAGCGAUCGGUGGACUCACUCAACGAGGUGCUAAACUCAGUGCCCAUUGACGAGCUGCGUUGCAAUUCCUCAAUAGCCGGCUCCAAGAUUCUCGAGCUGAGCAAGAAGAAUCGUCAGAUGCGCGCUGAGCUUGAACAGUGCAAGAAUCGUAUAAACAAAAAGGAUGUGACCAUUGAGAAAUUGGAGAAGGAACUGAAAGCCAAUGAAGAAAAGUUGGCCAUCAAUGGAGAACUGCUCAAAAAAGGCAACGCCACCGAGGAGUUGCACGCCAAGAUCAACAGCAUGCAGCAAAAGCUGUUCGAGACACGCAACAAGAAUACCGAACUGCAAAAUCAACUGAAACUGGCCCAAAAGUGUCUGCAACACGAGGUUGGCGAGUCGGUCAACAUCAAUCUGCUGGCCAACAACCUGAACAAUGCCACUUGGCGUGGACGUGCCCAGCAAAUCAUCUCGCUGCAGCAGAAGUUGCAGGAACUCAAGGCACGCCUCGACAGCUUUGAGAACGGUGCCGAUCGUGUCGACUAUAUGCCCAUCACCCUUGGCUCUGAGGGAGAUUUGGCCAGCAGCAGCGGCACCCGAGUGACACCACGUAAUGCCAAGCACUCCAUCCAUUCACCUGGCAGAGGAAGUGCUACGGCUAGCCUGGGCGGCGGUGACGCUGGCGUUGCAUCCUUUGAUCGUUUCACUCCUGGUGUGCGCAAGAGCGAGAUCUUGCAUCGAGCCAAAGUAGAGGCACUGGAGAAACAGAUUGUCGGCCUGCAAGCACAGCUGGAGGAGCAACGCAAUCGCACGUUGGCGCUGAAGGUGCGCAACAAAACCCUCAACGAUGAGAUGCUCAAGUACAAGACGCGCACUGCCGAGCUGGAGGAGCAGACCGAUGGCAAUGGCAUGAAUGCCAGCACAUUGAACGACAAGCUGAAAAGUCAGCGCGUUCAGUACGAGACGCGUUUGGAUGACAUGCGCAACGAUGCCAUUCGCAUCACGGAGGAACGCGAUAUUGCCAGACGUCAGAUGGAUGAGUUAAGCGGCAUGAACUUGGAGCUGGAGACGGAGCUGAAGCAGAAGACUCACUGCAUCGCUGGUCUCGAGGAGAUGAUCAAGAAACUGGAAACCGAUUUGCGUGCUGUCACCGGUGGAUUUCUGUUCUCCUGUCGCGAGUUUCGCAAGGAGGAAUUUGUUGGCAUACUAGAUGCUCUAGAGGUCGAAAAGAACCAAAUGAUGCUCAUGAAAAAGACGCUCGAGGAUCGUCUGGAUGCCGAGCGCAUUAAGCUUGACGCUGCCAACGAUCUAAUAGGCAAGCAAAAGACACGCAUCGCUCGCUUGGAAGUCAAGGUGCGCGACUUGGAGAAGGAACUUGAUGUGCAGAAUGAUCGCAAGAAGCGUUCGCAGCGUAUCAACGAAUAUACGAAUGCCUUGGGACGCACUCCGUUGACCGGCUCCAUCAGCUCCUUUAGCUUUGACAACCAAUCGCAGUUGUCAUCAGUUAAUUCCUUGACAUCUUUGACUGCAGCUGAGCCCAAGAUCGAAGACAUGAAAAAUCAACUGGAACUGGCCAACGAAAAGAUUACUAUGCUGUCGGAGAAACUGGAUUACUUGACUGCGGAGAAGCGUGCCGAUGCCAAGUUCUUUGAGGAGACGAUGAACAACUCCAAGAACAUUAUACUGGACACAAUACGCGGUUCACGUGAUUCCUCCGAUUCGAAGGUGGGAGAAAUACUCCCCGAAUUGGUCACCGCCAGCAGUGAUGGUGUCUAAAAACAUUCUCAUUUUAUUGUUGUUUCGUUUUCAUACUCCUAAUUGAAACAUUUCCAUGUGGUGUGAUAAAAUCAAUCAAUGUUCUCCACCCAUGGAAAACGGUUUAAGUAAACAAGGAGAAGGCACAUUUUCAUUUGAA